AAUUGGCGUGAAUUGUAAUAGUUUUAUUUCGAUUAUCUUAUAUGUUGAAAGAUAAUUUUUAUUGCCAAUAAUAUUUUUGCAUUAUAUUAUAUAAGUUUUCUAUUGGCCAAUUAAAUGUUAUCGCAAUUUUACGUGUGUUUUGCAGGUUAUACGAAAUUAUUUUUAUAGUUUGUUUUUUUAAUAUAUAGAUAUAUUUACAUAAUGUGAGUUAGGUGUUUUAUUGUUAUUGUGAUAUCUAUAGCUAUUUUUGUGUUCUAUAGUCUAGGAUAAAAAAUGAAGUUCUUUUAAAAGUUUUCGUUGACAUUUCCAUUACGUUUGCAAUGCUCUAAUUCCCCCGACAUUAUAAUUGAGUGUUAUACAAAAAUGCAGUACACAUUCGACAGACUGUCAUCGACGUACAGGAAAGGGCACAGGAGUGCUUUAUCCUCAAUACUUUUAUUGCCGAACAGGUAAUAAAAAAAAAACAUGUGAAUUUUUAAAAAAAAAUAUGAAAAAUUUGAAAAAUGUGACGCGCUUGGCCAUCGAUAACGGCUUUUACUUGUAUAUUUCGAAUUUCAAAUGCAUUCAUGUGUUAGUGUUAUCGGGUAACCAAUCAGUUCUUACGAACGCUAAUUGACCAGUUGUUUUGGUUGAGUCCAUUGUGAUCGUAUUGAGCUUGUUACAGUAACGUCUGUCAUCGUGUUACCUUUAUAUCGGACGAUAUUAUGUUGAAAUAAAAUUAAUAUAUACAUCAAGGGCGGUGGUUGUGAGAAAUUAUUAAGUAUAAUUAUUGUUAUAAUAUCUUGAUAAUAAAACAUUUGUAUGUUAACAAUAGUUUGUGUUCGGAAGAUUCACAUGCUUAGCAUAUUAUGAGCUGUUCGUUGGGUGGAGUGUUGGCUGUUUGUGUAUGAUUAGUUCAAACCAUGAAGGUCGUCAAGGAGUCGUGUCGUCACGUGGGCGGGUCGAAGUUCUACGAGGUGGUGGACGGCGAGGGUGACACGUGCUCCCCCACGGAGAAGCAAGACCACAUGAAGCCCAUAGAGAGCGAUGAUGAAGUAUCAGACGUGGACCAGGAGUGCACCGUGUUCUGUGGGGUCAGUUACUUGGGGGCUCAGAAUAUCGCUGACCCCAAGUCUGAGACUGACAUACAGAGGAUCAUGAAGGAGUUGAGUUCGAUGCCAGAGAACAGAGAUGGUAUUGCAGUCUCCAUAUCCAUACCGGUCUGCUCACAGGGAUUGGUCGUGUUAUACCAAGCGGACACGAACAGCGUCAUGACUCGCUACGCCGUGAACCGGAUAUCCUUCUACGCGCGCGGCGCCGCCGGCUCGCCUGUCGCUUCCUGCUUCGCAUUCACCUGGUCUCAUGGUGAGACGAAGGAGUCAGCUGUGUACCGCUGCCAUGUGUUCAGAUGUCACAUCGCGGAAGCCGUCAACCAAGUGUCCAGUUGUUUUGCGAAGGCUUUCGAGCGUGUCCCACGGUCGAUGGCGUCGUCUCUGGUCGGUGAUUUGAGCGCGGCUCCCUCAAUGACCGGCUCCCUGACCGAGGGUCUGACGUCAGCGCCCCCGAUGCAGCUGAUGCAUGUACUGGAAUGUACCGUUGAUAUCAAAGAGACAGACGCUAAGGGCACUUUCAGCCAUGUGCCUAAGGAGCGCUUGGGUUACAAGUUGCGAGGUGGUAUCGACAAGCAGGUUACGAUCAACGUGACGCAGGUCUCGCACAACAUACAGCAAGAAACAGAGGAUCCACAGGGUUCAUAUAACGGUGGUCUGUAUAUCGAGAGGUGUUUCGGAAUCCUCCUCGCCCCCGGACGUAGCGUGAAACAUUCAGACAUGCAGUUACUUGAAAUGGUGAGCGGUUCAUCUGGCGGCUCUGGUUGUUCGGUGUGUGCUCUCUGGAACGCUGGGGAAUCAGCUCUGGCCGCGUUCAACGUGGCCAGUGGAGAUGGAGCUCCGGCUUACAUGUCACUGGCCUUGGACCUAGUUAUUAGAGGAAUACGGGAUCCUUUGAGAUUGGUGAUAGAGACACCUGUGAAAGUGUUUCCCCCUACCGAGAGGUUCUGGUACUACUCCAAACGACCGUUGGUACAACAGUUCUACAUUAACCUGAAAGAGACGGUAGAUUCAUUGGGUCAGCUGCAAUACGAGGUGUCCAGUGUGGAGACGUCUGGAGAGCUGGAUCGCUCCAGGCUUAACCUGCCCCUGUCGUUGUCCAGUUUACUGCCGUCUCCGCUGUCCUCCGCUCCAGCACCUCCCUCGCCCUCAGACCCGGAUUCUGAUGGCGAUGAACCACUACUAAGUGGCACUGGAGAGGUGUCCAAAGAUUGCGGGGUCGACGUGCUUGAGAAUUGGGCUCAGGUGCUCAGGAGUUGGGUGGGACCUCGACCUCGUGCGUUGGAACAGCUCGUGAGAGUUGGUGUGCCGGAGGCCCUGCGAGGGGAAGUGUGGCUCAGGCUCGCUGAAGUUGAUCAGAACGAUAAGCUCAUGGAGACGUAUAGAACGUUAAUCAGCAAGGACUGUCCAUUCGAAGCAGUGAUCCAACGCGACAUAGCUCGUACGUUCCCCGCCCACGACUUCUUCCGUGAGGCCGGCGGGCUGGGUCAGGAUUCCUUGCUGAGGAUGGCUCGGGCGUACGCUGUGUACGACCAUGAAGUGGGCUACUGUCAAGGGUUGAGCUUCCUCGCCGCUACACUACUGUUACACAUGCCGGAGGAGCAAGCGUUCUGUCUGUUAGUUCGUCUCAUGUACGGAUACGGUCUGAGAGAGUUAUACAAAGAUGGCUUCGAGGCUCUAUACAUGAGGUUGCAUCAGUUAGACAGACUAAUGGAGGAGCAGUUGAGCGAGCUUCGUGCUCACUUCCUGGAGCUGGGUGUGGAGCCGCACAUGUUCGCGUCACAGUGGUUCCUCACUGUGUUCACUGCACGAUUCCCAUUGCCUCUGGUGUAUCACAUCCUGGACGUGUUUCUGCUCCAAGGUGUGAACACCCUGUUCCAAGUGUCGCUGGCGCUGCUGUCGCGAGCCAAGAAAGAUCUCUUGCAACAUGACUUUGAAGGUGUACUCAAAUAUUUCAGGGUCACACUGCCUAAGAAAUGUCGCGCUGAGGAAUCAUCUCGUCAGAUCAUAAAACUAGCUUGCAGCAUCAAAGUGAAAAGAUUACAGAAGUACCAACAGGAGUAUGAGAAAUUCAUUAAAGAAUCAGCAGAUAAAGAGACAAUUAACGUGGAGUUAGAAAGGUUAAAGGUCAUCAACAAUCAGCUGACCCAAGAGAAGGAGAUGCUAGAGACUCAACUCAAACAGGCUCGUGGGAAUCUCGAGGAGACACAGAAGGAGUCUGUCCACUACGCCGCCGUGUCUAGAGACUAUAGGGAGAUAUGCGCCAGGCUUGACAGACAACUGCAUCACAUACAGGAUUGCGUCAAAGGUUGUGUUAAUUGCAGCGUAAAGUUAGCACAGAAGGAUAAUAAAGAAGAAGCGGACGAGUCUGAGAAGGACGGCGGGGAGACUGCCAGCGAGACGGAGGCGAGGCUCAAGCAGCGGGUCAGAGACCUGGAGCUGGAACUGGCCCAGGUGAAGCUGGCUCAUGUACAGGCGCAGUGCAGCAACCAGGAACUGAGUCACCAGCUGAACGCGGCGCUGAACGAGAUGCAGGCCGCCAUGAACCAGAAGCAGUCGGUGACGCCCUGGCUCGUACGGACCCUCGGUUCUAUAAUGGAGGCGGCGCAGAACAGACCGUCGUUCCAGACUUACCUGCCUAAUUUGAACCAAGAGCAGCCAUCGUCUACACCUAGGCAGGGGUCAUUCAGCGGUCAGGGCCAGAGUACCGUGACCCUCGACCGGCGCGUCUCCGAGCCGUACAGUCCGGACGUGGUCAGGAGGAAGAAGGAUCUCAACGCCAAAAGGCACUCGAUGCUGGUGGAAUCGAAUAUCAGUAAGGAUGCAAAGGAAAUGAAUAGACGGAGCCAUGACGUCACCAUCGUAAAGAAUCUGUCGAUGGGUUGACCUCCGAGACGCACAUGGCUCGUAUAACAAUCGUCUCUAAUAUGUAAUUCUUGAAUUGAUAUUGUUUAUCAUUAUUAUAUUGUAUGUUAGUAAAUGCACAUCAUAGUAUAACUAGUCAGACACUGGCAUCAGGAUUACGGCUAUGUAACGUCAGCCAUCUUGAAUCAAGCACUAUCAAAGCCUUUAAAAAUAUAUAUACAUGUAAUAUGUUUUUUAAUUCCAUGAAAAAUAUAUAAUCACUGCUAUUUAAGAAAUGCUAAUAUUUUUUGGGCGCUUAUAUUGAAAUCUUCCAGAAACUCGAUCGUAAUUUAAAGUACCCUCGUAUCAUACCAAGAUUUCACAUGUAAUUUUCGUAUGGCUGAAUGUUGUUGACCAUAGUGUAGUAAGCGUUCCGUUUGAUGUCAUUUCAUACCGAUAUGUCUGCAAUCGAUUGUUCUGUGAUAAGGUCAUGACGUCAUACUGAUAUUAGUUUCGCUGGUACGAAAAGCUCAUUUGUAUAACAUCGGAUUUUUUCGUUUUGCCAUAGCACGAGUGCCUUUUGAGUGAUUAGUAUAUAAAGGGUAUGUGGAUGUAGGUGUAACGGUGGCACUGUAGUUUUCUAACAUAUAAGUAUAUUAGUGUUAUUAUGUCUGCAAUUGAAAUUAUUUAUUAUCUAAAAUUAAUAAAAUUAUUUAUAGCUUAUAUAGAAACCGGACGGAUAUAUACUUAUUUUACGAGUGCAAUUUAAGAAUUUAUAGUCAUAGAUAUAUAUUUACUAUGUGAUAGUUUAUCGCAGGCUUGUUGGUGUCUCGUACGGGGCGAUACGAAGCUACGGAACUGUGGUGUAAACUAGUAGUAUAGACAGACUUUGCUUGGAUUUAAAAAAACUGCUUCAAAACUUUUUUUAACAUAUAACUAAGAAAUACGUAUAUCCCUUCAGUUGUUCCAAUGUAUACAAAUUGAUUAUAUAGAAACUAUCUCAUUUUUCAUUUGCGAUUUCUUAUGAUUUUUUUUUUAUUAGUUAUAACUUCUGUACAUGCUAAAAAGUUGCCAUAUCUAAUACUUUUAUUCUAUAGGAGAACUUAAAGCGCGUAAUUCGUAAAAAAAAAAACAAUAUAUAAUGUAAAAAAAAUUAACGCAAGUGUGUAACAUAGCACAAGAGCUUACAUGAUAUAUAUAGGCUGUAGGUGUUAAAAAAAUAUAUAUCUCGCUUAGAACAUUCAACUAUUAUUUCUCUAAGUAGAUUUUUUCUGUAUAAUAAAUUAUCUUCUGCAGCAUCUCUAUCGUAUCGGAAAAUAAUCAUUUUGUAUAAAAAUAAAAUAUUAAAUAACAAAAAAUAUAAAGAUCUCUAAUUAUAUUUUUCGACAUGUAAAAAAGUAGGGAGGUGUGUACUUACUCUAUACAUUGCAAACAUGCUUUAUAACUAAUAAAUAAAUAAAUGCUGAUUAUCUCAUAUAAAAUAUAAUUUUUAACAUUUACGUAUCUUGAAUCAAUUUAAUUCUUGUGUACCUGUCUCAUACUCCGACGCCUGCACGUAGCUCUCUGUUCAGUGUCAGUUGGCCGGCAUGUAGUUAUGAUUGAAUCGUUGAGUCAGCUAUCGAAUAAUGUCGUCUUUACCGUGUGUGUACGCGUAAGGUUAUAUUUUAAUAUCAUUUGACAAUAAUAAUAGUUUAGUUAAUUCUGUUUUAAUAUAUCGUAUUUCAUGUCUAUACCGACAUAUCUCUAUUAAACAUGUUACAUUAAAAUUUUUAUUAAAUUUGAUCUCUACUUAUAGUAAAGGAAAGUAUUAUAAAAACAAUUAAAAUUUUCUCACGAGUGAAUAAUUUGUAAUGGUAUUAUUUUUUAAAUUCAGAGUGAUUGUGGUGUGUAUUAUAAUUUAAGUACGCAUUUUUUUUUAUGGUAACACUUUCUUAAUAGUUCCGUGAUAGGCAAAGUAAACGAUAGAUAAAUGUUUAGUGAUUUGGUGAAUUGUUGGGAAAUAUAUAACUCCUAGUCCCUACGGCCAUAGAGAUUUCUGAUUCUGUAUAUGUGCUUUGGAUAUGUCAUAGAAAAAGACACUCGAUGUAUAAAUAAAGCAGAAAUAUUAUUAAGAUGAUGCGAGUAGAGUGAACCGAGGCGCUGAGAAAUGUCGUUUUACUCUUAUCAUUUAUGUAAUAAAAGUUUUACAAAUAA